UCCCUAGCCUUAUGGUUCUUGAAGGUGCCCGCAAUCUCAAAGCAUCUUCUCUUUCUCUAGAAGCUCCUCCGCUUUCUUCUCUCUCCUUUACAGUUCAAAAAAUACUUUUCAAUUCCUUACCUCGUAUAACUCAAUCCAAAGCAUGAACUCUACGCACGCAAUCAAAUUUCUCUAUAGUUACGGCGGGAGAAUCCUCCCCCGUCCCUCCGACGGCAACCUCCGUUACGUCGGUGGCUUUACCAGAGUUCUCUCCGUCGAUCGCUAUAUUUCCUUUGCAGAGUUGAUGGUGAAGUUUGGAGAACUGUGUGGAUCGUCAAUGAAUUUGAAGUGUAAGUUGCCGAGCGAGGAUUUGGAUGUUUUGGUAAGCAUUACAUGUGAUGAGGACCUGAUGAAUAUGAUUCAAGAGUACGAGCGAGUUUCGGCGUUGACGAAUCGGGAGAUGAAGAUUAGAGCUGUUGUAUUUCCACUCAGCUCGGCGAAAAAAGUCUCUCCUCCUUCAUCGCCUAUGUCGUGCUUUGACUUUCCAGCAUCGAAAUUGAAGCCGGAAAAAGUCAGCCGCUUCUAUUCGCCUUCAUCGUAUGCGGCGGCAGCAGCAGCUGGGUAUUACUCUCCAGCUUUGGGAUAUCCAGUCGGCGGAAGGAAAGACGGCAGGAAGUUUUACUACCCUUGCUGUGAACGUGGAAGCCCUAGGCAUCUUUACUUUGUUGCUCAUAGAAACCAUAGCCAAUAGAAAUUAAGAUAAUAAUAAAUAAGGGACAGAAAUUGAGGUUUUUCAGGAGAUAUAUGAGUUGAGCACAUAGACAAGAGUGAAUUAAGCUCCCCCACCCAAGAAAAAAAGAAAAAGAGAUCCAAAAAAGUAAAAAAGAAGACAUAUAUCAUAUGAAGAUGGAAUAUAUACAAUGACAAAUGCCGACCGAAUGUUGGGUUCAUGAAUUGGAUUUUACAUUAUUUGAGACUGCAGUUCAAUUCAAUUGUGAGGUUAGGUUGAGAGUUUUGAGAUAUUCUGAGUUUGCCCUUUUUUGGACUUGUGCACACGGCCGUUAGGGUUCCGUUCUCCGUCUUGCUUUGGCAAAUGGCGUGUUGCUUUGGGAGUUAUUCCUUUUUAAAAAUAAAAUAAAAUUCUUUUGUGUGCC